AUGAGUGAUGAAUCAACUGAGGUAGCUAAGGUGACUGAAUCCAAGUUAAUGGAUUCUAGUCACCUCUAUUAUCUUCAUUCAUCAGAUUUCCCUGGUAUGAAUCUGGUAAACUCCACCUUUGAUGGCAAAGGGUAUGGAGGCUGGCGUAGGUCAGUUCUCAUUGCUUUAUCAGCCAAAAAUAAAAUAGGUUUUAUAGAUGGCACAUGUAAAGAACCUGCUAUUGAUUCCAUAGAUCACAAAUUGUGGAACAGGUGUAAUGACAUGGUGUUGUCUUGGCUCUUAAAUUCACUUUCAAAAGAAAUUUUUGAUAGUGUCAUAUACUCAAAAACUGCUAAAGCUUUAUGGACAGACCUUGAGGAAAGGUUUGGUCAAUCAAAUGGGGCUAAGUUAUACCAUCUCCAAAAGGAACUAAGUGAUUUAGUUCAGGGAUCUAAUGAUAUAGCAACAUAUUUUACCAAGUUGAAGUAA